AUGACAAAUGUGCUAAGAACCCUGAUAUCGGAUAUUUCGGGUAAACUCGGAAAGCUUCGGGAAGAAGCUGUCAAAAAAGAGAGAUGGUUUGCCUUUCGACAAUCUUCGGUAAAGAAAAAACGUCGUAAGGGAAACUUGAAAGCAGCACAAUCCGCGCGUGACGAGAUCAAAAGGAUUGAGGAUCAACUUCGUGAAUUACUUGGCUCGCCGUCAGUCGUUCAACAAGGGCAACAGGACAUUUUGCGACUCGAAGACAAGCUGGCAUCCGAAUCAACACCCUUGGGACCAAGUUCAAGCUAUACUGUUGAAAAGGGCAAAUGCAAAUUCAACUGCUACUCGACGACACACCAAUAUGCGACGGACUGUGAUGUUUACGCCACCUUGUCCGAUCGUCGCGAUCGUAUGAAAGCCCUUCAUCUGUGCUUCAAAUGUUUUCAGCAGUGUCUUGAGCCUGAUCAUGAUAGCAAAUGUGUAAGAGUUCCUUGUUUUUACUGCUCACAGAAGAAGCGUUUAGGCCAAGUAGAUGCUCAUCUUUCUGUUCUAUGUCCCUAUAUGUUCCCGCAAUAA